GAUCAGGCAUCUAAAGACAAAGCCCUCCAGAACAUGGCAGCACUCUCUUCCGCACAAAUCGUCUCCCCGAGUAUGAUAAAGAAUCAUAUUCAGCCACUGUCUCCUGCCCCGUACCCACCAACCAGAUUCUGGCCGGCUCCAAUCCCAGUACAGCCUGGACCAUCUCAGGACACCAGGAUGGUUCUAGAUCUCAACCCGGGAAGGACUCCUGGGCCCGGCUGCACCAGCCAUGCCAUUAAACCAUUUGUACAACCCCCAUACCCAAACCUACCAGGCCCUGUACAACAACCCAUGCCAGCCUAUGAGCCCUUGCCGACCCCUCCUGCACCAACAGCUACCGCGGUCCCAGUGUGGCAGGAUCGGACAAUCGCGUCCUCCAAGCUGCGGAUGCUGGAGUACUCCGCUUUCAUGGAGGUCCAGAGAGACCCGGACAAUUACAGCAAACAUCUAUUCGUCCACAUUGGACAGACCAACCCCUCCUACAGUGAUCCGCUCCUCGAAGCUGUGGACAUUCGGCAGAUCUACGACAAGUUCCCAGAAAAAAAGGGCGGGCUCAAAGACCUUUACGAGAAAGGCCCCCAGAACGCUUUCUUUCUUGUAAAGUUCUGGGCUGACCUGAACAGCAGCGGGAUGCUGGAUGGUCCAGGUUCUUUUUAUGGCGUCAGCAGUCAGUACAGUAGCAUUGAGAACAUGACCAUCACCGUUUCAACCAAAGUCUGCUCGUUUGGCAAACAAGUUGUGGAGAAGGUUGAGACGGAAUACGCCCGUAUGGAGGGAGGAAAGUACGUUUACAGGAUCCACCGCUCCCCUAUGUGCGAGUACAUGAUCAACUUUAUCCACAAACUUAAACACUUGCCUGAGAAAUACAUGAUGAACAGUGUUCUUGAAAACUUCACAAUCUUACAGGUGGUGACGAACCGCGACACCCAGGAGACCCUUCUCUGUAUAGCAUUUGUUUUCGAGGUUUCCAACAGUGAACAUGGAGCUCAGUAUCACGUCUACAGACUCGUUAAAGAAUAACGGCAUCUGGAAAACCCAGCGAAAAAUGCCUGAUGCAAUCGCUCUUUGACAACCUCAUCCAUCCAGCAGAAACUACAACAAACAUUUUUAACAACCAUAGACCGAACUGACAUGGACACAUUUUAUGCUUUAAAGAAAAGAAUGCAAGAAAAAGUAAAAGUGUAAACGUGCCAAUAUGCAAAGAAAUAUUGAAGAACUGUGGACAACCAGCCAUUUUUCAUGUGUUUAAACAAUAUGAAGUGGGUCAUUCGUGAUUGAUGAAGCUUGAAAAGUUUUAUUGAGGGAACGAGAAUGUGGUUAGGGUGGAAAGGACUCUUAACAGUAACCAAGUGAACAUAAGAGAAGUGUACAUUGGACUGCAAAGUGGAGUAAAUUGGACCACAGAAGGAGGAAAACCAGAAGCAAGUUGUUAAAAGUUUGUGAGGAAAGCAAGUGCCUUGUUUUUACCAAAGGUUAUAUCAUUGCCUGCCACUUUGAAUUGCCUGUUUUUUUUACUACCUCUUAUUUUCAAAUGAACGUAAAAUAUUCUUACACGUAUUUUGUUACAAAAAUAAUAGAAGUAAAAUUCUGUUCAGCAUCUGUGGAGGCUGUUUUGGAGGAAAUGGGAUAACCCAAGUGUAAUGUAGCCUGUUUUCCAAAAUAAGAUUAAAAAAAAUAUAUACAUUAAAAAAACAUCCCAAGUUUUAACAAUCCAAGUGUAUUGGGGGAAAUUAAUUUUGUUGUUGUGUUGCAAGGUUCUGCUUUUUUUUUAUCUUUUACUACUCGGAUACAAAUCAGGUCUUACCAGCAUCUAUCUGUUACUGACAAUUGACACUAAGGAUGUUUGUAAAGUUGCUAUGCUGACAUGAAGCCAGGACUUUGCCUUCCUUACGAGACCCCUAUUAUCUCCCUCUUUUUGAAGACGCGUGCUUGGAUGCACUUGUAUUGAACUACGACAGGGGUUUGCAACAACAGCAGUGCUUAUUUUCUGACUUGAGGUAUGUAGCGUAACUCAGUUUUAACAAAGUGUUCAUUCUUUACUGUGAGCAGCGGAUGCUAAAGGAAUAUGUGUUA